CAGAUCCAGGUCCCUAGCAUGAUAAUAGCAGCUUUUCUUUUAAUCUCUGUUCCUUCAGUGCUUCAUUACUUUGGAAAUCAUGGCGCCAAUGACCGACGACAAGUAUGACGAGGAGGAUCUUGCAGGCUCAGAGGAAGAUGUCCAUAUGCUCGAACAAUCUCACCAUGGUCAUAAAUAUCGACAGCUCGGAUUCACGGCUAACUCACGAGCAUCCUUGUUCUCCAAGAUCAUGGCGAUUGUCAAUCUUGCCCUCGGGGUCAUUCUUGCUAUAACUCUGGGGUUUGUCGCCCAUACCACCACAGUUUCGUGUGCAGAAAGAGGAGGGCCAGUCCAUGAGCCAUAUUCACCGGCGUUGGAGGCAGUGUUUCCUGUCAUUCGAAAGUUCAAACCUGAGCUGGUCUAUCAGAGCGAAACCUCUCCAGAAGUAGAAGACGCUUGGAAAGUCACGCUUGGUCCCGGUAACGGACUCGUUGCGCUGGACGCCGAUAUCUCAGCAAAGCUAGCAAAGACUAACCAUGAGUCAACUGAGUCGGUCUGGGAGCCGGGCAAGCAUGUUUACGGCAUUUCAAUGUUCCAUCAGCUCCAUUGCCUUAAUACGAUUCGAAAGUCCUUCUACCGCGAGAAGUUUUAUCCUCAUGUGGAGGAGAAGAAGUUCCUGCACCAUAAGAACCACUGUUUUGACUUCCUCCGUCAAGCCAUUAUGUGUCACGGCGAUGUCUCCAUGACGUACUGGUGGAAUGUGAACUACACUGUUUCCAACGUGGACGGUAAUGGUGGAGAAGGGCAUUCGGAAUGGUUUAACAGUUUGAGUGUUGAUGAAAGGGCAACCAAUGGAAGUACUUAUUGGGAUAUCGAGCAUAGUUGUCGUUUGUUUGAGCCAAUUGCUGAGUGGGUUGCUAGAUACAAAUUAUUGCCAAACGGAAUCAGCUUUCCGGAGGAUGAAAACCAGGGUUGA